AUGACCGGCAAAACACUGCAUAACGCACGUUAUCCAGCGCUCCAUUUCACUGCGCUACGCAACGCCAGCAAGGCACCAAGCACCCCCUUUGCCGACGGUGGCCCACACUGCACCAUGAAUGAUUUGCCAAUACCAGAAGGCGAUUGGCAGGAGGAUUAUACGCGCAAGAAUAUGAAGAAUACGGCAAUACUAAUGCUUGGCAUUGGUUCAUUUAUCACGUCUCUAUAUAUGCACUUUACGGAUGAGAAUAUACACUGGAACUACAAGGUGCCUGAAUAUGAUAAAUGCAGUUGA